CUGUUCCCACCCUCCACAAAAUGACAGCAAACGUUGCCAUCUGCCAUCAACAAAGCUCUUGCCCGACAGUCCUUCAUCAUUAUCAUCACCCUUUACCAGUACCACAAUGGGAUUUCAACAGCUGUCGACUCUCUUGAUUGUGUUGCUCCUUCAACUGGGGCAGGCUCUUUCUUUUGGCUUCAUGGAAUGUCGCUCCGUGCCGGUUUCCCAGUCAACCGUCGAACAUUCGUCGCACCCUCAUGAUGCUUCUCUAUUUCAAGAUCGAAGGGCAUUCCUUCAGGCAUCAGCUACACUACUAGUUGCCAUAUCAGCAGGACAACCACAGCCAGUCAGUGCUUCCAAUGGCGAGAUGGCCAACCUGGAACUCCCGAGUUACAUUGAAUUUCUCAUGGAAAAGAAUGCAAUGGCCGACCCAGAUGCAUUCCUCUACAAGCGUCCGGAUCCAAAGACUCAAUUGACGCGGCUCUUGGAUGCCACCAAACGGCUCGAGGAUAUUCCGGCAUUGGCAGCCGAUAAGAAAUGGAGUCAAGUUCAGGGAAUUCUCACGGGUCCGUUGGGCACUUUGGCGCAAACGCUCAAUAUGAUUGCCAAAGAGUCAUCUCCCGAAGUACAAGUCAAGGCCAAAAAGGUCAAGGAAACAAUAUUCAACAUCAGUAUGGCAGCGUCCAAAAAGAGCGAGGCCGAAGUUGUAGCCAAAACCAAGGCGGCCAAAGCCGAUCUGGAAGCCUUUGUAAGGGCGGCCUUUUAGCCGGUAGUGUAAUGGUAUGCGACAUGCCACUCAAAUUGAAUAAGCAGAGACGCCGCCUUUUCUAAGUUGCAACAACAGUCAGUAGGGUU